AUGGCGGCGGCGGCCAACAGGCAGCCGUGGUGCUCCCUGCUGGACAACGGACGGGGCUCUGGCGACCGAGUCAAUGGCGGUAUAUCCAUUUCCCCAUGCUGGGCGACUGGCUGGAAGAGGCUGCAACGGCCUUGGGGUCUAAAUAACCCCAAAAAGACGAAUGUAGAAGGACUUUGGGGCCCCACUACAUAUUAUUUGCCCUUAGUAAAACCAUAUGUCAUGUCCGAAUCAGAAAAUAGUAAGCCAUGUGAACCGACUAGCGCUCGGCGUCGAAGAGUUGCCAGGCUCAUCGAUGUUAAAUUGGAGACUGGUGAAGAUCCCUAUGCGAAUAAAAUGAAGAUUAGAAAGAAGAAACAAGAAGAAAGCAUUAAUUUGAGUACUUGGAACGUCAGAGGACUAAAUAAAAAGGGUAAACUAGAAAAUGUCAUAGCAGAAAUGGUAAGAUUAAAGAUAGAUAUAAUGGGGAUUAGUGAAACGAAACUAGCUGAUAGCGGAAGAAUUGACAAAGACGACGCCACGCUGUUUUAUACGGGAAACCCAUCCGAUCAAAAAUCUAACUACCACGGAGUUGGUAUCAUGGUGAGCAAGGAACUUCGGAAGUAUGUUUCGAAUGUGACUCACUUCUCUAAUAGAUGCAUGAUGCUAAAUAUCAGUGCUCAUCCCUUCAACCUAAACAUAAUCCAAGUCUAUGCUCCAACAUGUGAUGGUGAUGACCAGGAAGUGGAAGAGUUUUAUGAAGGAAUAGAGCAGUUAUUAAAGUCAGUAAAAUCACAGGAUAUCAACAUAAUAAUGGGGGACUUAAAUGCAAAGGUGGGACAAGGAGAAGAAGGAAAAAUUGUGGGGAAAUUUGGUUUAGGAAAAAGGAAUGAUAGAGGAAACAGGCUCGUAGAAUUUUGUUCCGAAAACAACUUGGUCAUUACAAAUACUUGGUUCCAACAUCCUGCAAGGCGACUUUACACAUGGCGCUCACCAGCUGACAAACCAUCACAUGUUGUAAGAAACCAGAUCGACUACAUUAUGAUAAAGGACAGAUUUAGAAACUCCAUCAUUCAGGUCAAAACAUAUCCCGGGGCUGAUAUAAAAUCUGACCAUAACCCUGUUUGUGCCAAGAUGUUUUUAAAAUUAAAGAAAUUGAAACUGCCAUCCAGCAUAAUGAAAGUUGACAUAAACCGCCUUAAAGAUGAGACAGUUAAAACUUCAGUGAGUGUUAAACUUAACAACUGUAUAAAACCUAUAUGCGAGAAGGGGAACAAUCCCUUGAUUACAUAUAAAGAUCUUGUUACGGAAAUAAGAAAUAUAACAUCGGAAGAACUAACUAGUAAAGACACGGGAAAGCGACAAGAAUGGAUGACCGAUGAUAUAUUAAUACUAAUGAAUGAAAGGCGGACUUAUAAAAACAUAAAUGAGGAUAAAUAUAAUGAAACAGAUAUAAAAAUUAACAGGGAAAUCACAAUUGCAAGAGAACAGUGGUUGACUAAUAAAUGUAAAGAAAUAGAAAGAUUACAACAGAUCCAUGAUAGUUUUAAUCUGCACAAACAGGUAAAAGAGUUCACAGACUUAAAUAAUAAGAGAUUUCAGGGUACACUCGUAAAUCAAAAUGGAAACAUUGUUGUUGAUAAAAAAGAGGCCUGCGAAGUCUGGCAAGAUUAUGUUCUAAAUCUUUUUAAAGAUGAUAGGAUACCGACUGAACCUCUAAGCGAUCUCAACUUAGAGAGUCCAUCAAUACUGAAAUCAGAAUUUAUAUCAGCCUUAGAACAUAUGAAGCGUAGAAAAGCUUUGGGUCCCGAUGGAAUUGCGGUGGAAGUAUUAAAAUUGAUACAUGAUUAUAAUAUAGAUAAUUUAGUUUCAUUAUUUAACAAAUUUUAUCAAUCAGACAAUAUGCUCCCUGAAGACUGGCUCUUGUCAAUAUUCACACCACUACCUAAAAAAGGCCAAUGCCAAAAGCUGCGGCGAUCAUCGGAUGAUCAGCGUGAUGAGUCAUUUCCUGAAGGUAUUUUUAAAAAUCAUACAAAGAAGAAUCUACAAGAAAAUAGAGGAAAACAUAAGUGA